CCAAAGUACCCUCACUUGAAAGUCCCGCUUUUUAAGCGCCUUCUUGCUGCAAAAGUCCUGUCCCGACCCCGGUCUAACUACCAUUCUUUCUGUUGCAGGAGCAGUGGGGCGGUUGGGGGGGCGCGCUCUGCCCCCUCUCUAACGGCUAUUCCUCCAUCAGUUGGGUCAAUCCGUCUGUCCCGACGGUCAUCUAACUUCUUUCUUGCUGCAAGAGCAGCUGGUUGCAUCAGUUGCCAGGUCUGGGCUCCUGGCCGAGGUAGCGGGAUCAAAAUGAGCUAUUUCGAGCUCCAGCGCGCGGCCCCCGGGGGGCCAGCCUGAACUGUUCAUGCUCGCGCCCCCUGGCCGCUGCGCACCAGAGGCUGAGUCAGAGGCACAGAAUUAGGCCCGGCCUGCCGGGGGACUGGGCCCAAGGCCUGGCUGAGGAUGAGGGUAGGGAGGGCCUGUUCUAUGUCCUCCUGACAUCCUGGCCGGGCUACCGCAUUCUCCAGGAAUCUGCUCCUAAGACCUCCAUCUGCGUCAUCCUCAGAGCUGCCAGCGGGGAGGCAGUGGAUUAAAGGGACUGGAAACUCUUCCGUGGGCCUCUUGGGCCCUGGGCCCCAAUCACCGCGCUGUGCUCCCCACAACCGCAAGGCUCCGCCUCCUCAGCCUUAGUCCCCUUCUGGAAAUUGGGGAAUCUUCAUGACACCUUCUUGACAGCAUUUGCCAGGCAUCCAGCAGGCGCUUAAUAAAUGGCCAAGUCAUUGUUUGGGUUUCUAAAUAAGGCUCUCCUAAUGGCCGGGUCUGGCCACGGUCCCAGUGUCCCUGGGCAGCCCUCCGAGGGGCCGGCACAGUGCGCACUAUAAAUGGGCGGCUGCGCACGCAGGGGCACUGUAACGCGGAGGAGAGGAUGGAGAUCCCGGUGCCUGUGCAGCCGUCUUGGCUGCGCCGCGCCUCGGCCCCGUUGCCCGGACUUUCGGCGCCCGGACGCCUCUUUGACCAGCGCUUCGGCGAGGGGCUGCUGGAGGCCGAGCUGGCUGCGCUCUGCCCCACCACGCUGGCCCCCUACUACCUGCGCGCACCCAGCGUGGCGCUGCCCGUCGCCCAGGUGCCGACGGACCCCGGCCACUUCUCGGUGCUGCUAGACGUGAAGCACUUCUCGCCGGAGGAAAUUGCUGUCAAGGUGGUGGGCGAGCACGUGGAGGUGCACGCGCGCCACGAGGAGCGCCCGGAUGAGCACGGAUUCGUCGCGCGCGAGUUCCACCGCCGCUACCGCCUGCCGCCUGGCGUGGAUCCGGCUGCCGUGACGUCCGCGCUGUCCCCCGAGGGCGUCCUGUCCAUCCAGGCCGCACCAGCGUCGGCCCAGGCCCCAUCGCCAGCAGCAGCCAAGUAGGGGGCUGGGCCGCGCCCGCACCCCGGGAACCUUCUCAGGCUCCCUCUGUUAAAGCCGAUCUGACUCCGCCCAGCCAGAUGUCCCGAGUGCGCCAAGGACUGUCCUCUCACUCACUCCUGGAUUCUGCCCUGACCUCCACCCUGGACACUGCCUUGAUAACCUAGACCCUUCCACUGACACCCUCGCUCUCACAGCCCCUCCAGCUUUCAAACCCCACACCGACAGCUCCCUGGCUUCCAGACCCUACCAGCACUACCCUAACCCUCAGCCGACAGCCUCAGCCCCACCGACCCACUUUCUUGGCAUAUAGCCCCACUUAAGACCCCUCCUCUACUUCCUUCUGAGUCCUCUACAAAGACAUCCGGGUACUACAUUUCCAUCCCUUCCCUAUUUUGACACCAAAUUAUGGUGUAGACAGCCCUCCCCCAACCCCAGGCCAGUCAGGCACAAUCCCCCUACCCCCCAAACGUCCUGGACUGCACAGACCUCCCACUCCAGACCAUCCAGGCCUGGUUCCCAAGACCCGAUCUUUCCCCUGCAACCAGACGUCUACAACUGCCCCCUCUGGCCCAUUUUCUGCCGUGAAACCCCAGCCAGCCACACCAGACUCUGGAACCCUUUUCCGACCGCCCCAACUCUUGGACACCAGGCCAACCAGAACACCCAACACCAAACUGUACAGACUCUCCCACCCCAACCUCCCCAGACUCUGCACGGAUGUCCUAGGCCCCCUCCCCAACUCUAACCAGACCCCGUCCCCCUAAGUCCCUUUGUCUUGACCCCCAAGCCUUCAACCAGAUAUCCUCGGCAACCCACCUCCCACUCUCCUCCUCUUCUCCUUCAAGACCCAACUGCGCACCCGCUCUGAUUCCCCACAGCCUUUCUCCCUGCUACCACUCCCUUAGUCUUUCCCAGGCUUACUCUCCCAAUAAAUGUGCUACACCUCUGCCAA